AUCAUUAAAAAAAAAGAUAAAAUCAUAUUAAAAACUAAUAUAAUGAAAGAAUAAUAUUCACAUUUAAUAAAUGAAUUGGAAUAAGAUCAAAGAAGUAUCGUACAACUGUUAACAUUCAUUAAUCGUCUUUUGUACAACACCACCACCACCACCACCACUACCACAACAACAAUAAACAAAACAAAUCGAUCAUUAUCCAUAAAUAAAAUUUCAACAACAACAAAAAAAUAAUGACCGAUCUAAAUGAUACAAUCCAUUUAAAUUGUACUAUGCGUUAUUUAUUAAAUGAAUCCAAUAUUGAUCCAAUUUCAAUUUAUGAUCGUUAUCCACAAUGUGAAUUACAAAGAAAAUUUAUGCCAAUUUUUUUAUAUAUUGUAAGAAUAUUUAUGUUAAUCUGGUUAAUUAGUGGUAUUUUUGGUAAUUCUUUAUCAUUUUUAAUAUGGAUCUCGAAACAACAAAGACGUAAGAAUAGUUCAGCUAUUUAUUUAGCUACAUUAUCUAUCACUGAUCUUAUUCUUAUAUUAUUAUUAUUAAAUUAUGAUUUAGAACGUUAUUGGUGUAUACGCGGUGUGAUUAUAAUACCGGGUAUAUGUCAAUUAUUUCAAUGUUUAUUUAUAUUUACACAAUAUUAUUCCAUUGUAUUAGUAUUUGGUUUUACAUUAGAACGUUAUUUAGCUGUAUGUUUCCCAUUUAAACGGCAUAAAUUAUGUACAACUAAAAGAGCUAUAUUAGCUGUAUUCAUUUUAUCUUUAUUUAUUAUUGGACCAACAUUAUCACAAGCUAUAUUAUGGACAUAUGAUAAUGGUGAAUGUCGUAUGCGUAUUAAUGUAGCUAUGGAUGAAAAAUUUCAAACAUUAUUAUUUGUACAAGAAGUAUUAUUUUCAUUAGUUAUACCAUUAGCUACAUUAAUAUUUAAUAUAUUAGUAUUAUGUGAAAUGAGAAGAUUAAUUAAAUCAAGUCAUUUAUUAAAAAUUUCAAAGCAUCAAUCAAUUAAUUCAUCAACUAUAAAUACUACUCAUAAUGAAAAAACUAGAUUUACAUAUAAACGAUUCUUUAAACGAAGGAAAUUUAGUAAUAAUAAUCAUACUACUCAUAAUUUAAUAAGUAACACUACGAAUACUACUGAUGGUUUAAAUGAUAAUAAACGUGAUAGAUCAUUAGGAGAUGAUGGUACACCAAAUUUUAGUCCAAUUAAAACAAUACAAAUGAAUACAACACAAGAUCAUUUAACUAAAGAAUCAACUCAAUUUAUAUCGGCUACAUUAAUGUUAAUUAUAUUAUCAUUUUAUUUAAUUGCAUGUACAGUACCAACUGGUAUUAUGUAUUUAAUACAAUUUCAUUGGUUACAACCAGAUGAUUGUUUAACAGAUCAAGCUAUUCAUCAAUCAAAUGAAUGGACAAUAUUUUUUCAACGGAUAACAACUAAAGGUUUAAUUGAUGCAUUUUGUGCAUCACAUUAUGCAUGUAAUUUUUUUAUUUAUUUUCUUACAUGUAAUAAAUUUAAAAAACAAGUUAUCAAUAUUAUUAAAUGUAAAUUUAAUUAUAUUAAUUAUUAUUAUUCUGAUUAUGAUGGUACAGAUAUAUUGAUUUUAUCAAGACGUACAGCACCAAGAUCAUUACGUCAUUUAUCAGAGAAUGAUUUAUCCGUAGAAACAAAUCAUAAACCAUUAUUGAUUUAUAAUACUAAUACUACUACUAAUAAUAAUUCGAGUUAAUGAAUAACACGUCACGUGAGUUCUUCAUGAUUUCAGAAACUACUCAUCAUUUUAUCAGUAGUAUGAUUACAUAAUUUAAUAUCGGUGAAAUUGUACACGUAUAUUAGCUUGAAUAUAAUUGUUCUCCUUGUUUUGUUUUUAAAAUGUAUUCAUCAUUUCUUUGUUUUGUUCUUGCCAGUACUUUUAUUCAUAUCUUCAUGUGAAUGUACCAGUGUUUGUUCGAAAAAAAUACAAAAAAAACACACACACACAAUAUAAAAUGCAAUAGUUAACUAUGUUCUCCCUCUUUGUUUUUGUUUUGUUCUUUCUCUUGUAUAUCAGUCAUUCAAAAGAUCUUUUAUGUUUCGUUUUGUUGUGAUUUUAUUAUUAAAUAUUGUUAUUACUAGAUAAAUAAAUGGUUAUAUUAUUUCAUAGUGAAUUGUUUAUUCAUCGUUGGAAACGACUGAUGAUAAUGUAAUGAACAACAUAUAGGAAUGGAGACAAUCGAACAUUUUGAAAUUACUAUAAUAUCCACGAAAAACUCCUUCUCAUAUUAAUCAACAUAUGCUCACUAGUGAUUGGAUUCAAGAGGUUUUUUUCCGGAGUUCUAAUGAGAAGCAGUGACUAGUGAAGUUCAACAGGGUCUGUUGUGAGAUAGUAAGUGAGUGAAUGUGUCGCUCAAUUUCGUGGAUUUAUUAAAGUUAGACAUUAAAACCGUUGGAUGCCCUCCAGAUCAGUGGUCUGGAGGUUAAGCGUUUGUGCACGAGAUUGAUAGGUCUUGAGUUCGAAUCUCGCGAAAUGGUAUCGUGGAUAACCACUGUAAUUUAGACACACAAUAGGCGGGAACGGCCGUCUACUGCUUCCAGGUUUUCAUUGAUGACUCGUGAAUUCAACGGUUAAAAUACUAUAAUCUCCACAAAUUUUCAUACUGAUAAUUAUCAGUUUGUCUUCAUUGAUAACAUCCGGUGAGGUUUUAGGAUUAAAAAAAUGUUUUUAUCCAGUGAUACAUUAUAGUUAGGUAUUGAGCAACUAGAGAAACAAUUUCAAGAUUGGCGGGUGACUUUAACUUAGAUAAUGAAUGAAAUGUUUUCCAAGUUUUUAAUUAGUAACGUUUCAAUUCAGUAUGCAGUCUUGACUUCAAUUGGACACCUAGAGUAGGACUCGAUCUUAGAACAACAAAAUAUGAAGAUUUAUUUAACAUCGAACGAACUGGAUUUCACAAUGUUUCAAAGUUCAUUUAUCCUAAUAAAUUGAGGUUAAGUGAAGAUGUUAGGUGAACCAAUUUUAUCAUCACAAAAAUCUCCAAUGAUUUCAUCCUCAUUGAAACAGUCAGUUUUUAUGGGCAGUCAUCAGUUUUCACCGUUGAUCAUACUUAUCUAAAGUUACCUAGUGGAUCUUGUGAUAAUAACUUUACUUAUUCUAAUAUGAAAUA